AUGAUGUGCGGCAAGGGAUUCGGGAUGAUCCUGGUCCUGUUCUGGGCCACGGCCCUUUCCAGCGACCUCGCGCUGGUGAGCGGUCAAACGGUGGCGCCGCUGACGAGCUCCACCAGUGCGCCGCCCAAGCUGGAGGUCAAGCCCACGAAGCCCAUGAUAGUCAACGCUCCGCCCAAGAAGCAUGUGCCGAUGAGCCCGGAGGCGCCCAAGCUAAAUGGCAGCAAGCCCAUGCAGGUCACCGGCUUCAUCACCAAGUCGGGCAACAUCUACGAGAUCGAGGACAAGCGCGGCUCCAUCGGCGCCAUCGAGGGCCGGCAGGCGGACGAGGGUCAGAUCGUGUGCAACUACGGCACCGUGGUGAUCUACAGCGAUGUGCCCUGCGACCAGGUGAGGAAUGUGCGCGUGGGCGAGGUCAAGCCGCUGAAGGAGCAGCCCUCCGAGGUCAGCACCGAGAAGGGUCCCGCCGAGGGCGAGCAGCAGGAGCAGGAGCAGCAGCAGCAGCAGGACGUGGCCGAGGAUCAGAGCCAGGACGCGGACCAGGAGCCGGCCGAGGAGCAGCCCAACCAUCCCAGGGGUCAGUCGCAGAACAACCGCCGGCGCCGCCGUCGCCCGCAGCAGCAGCAGCAGAGGUUGCAGCAGCAGCGUCGCCGGCGACAGCAGCAGCAGAAGUUGCAGCAACGCCGGCGCAACGGAAACGGCAACAACACCGUGCGACGUCGCCGCAUUCGCAACAACAACGGCAACCACAGGAACCGCCAGCAGCAGAGACGUCGCCGCCCCAACAACAACAACAACAACAACAGGCGCCGCCUCAACAACAACAAUGGCCAGCGACAGCAGCAACGUCGCCGCCAGCAGCAGCAACGCCGGCGUCCCAACAGCAACAUCAAUCGACAGCAGCAACAGCGACGUCGCCUUCGCGACGGCAACAACUGA